UCACAGAGCAGGAGCCAAGUGUAGCCGUCCUGUCCGCACUCCCGCAGUCCGCCUCAGCACCUCCACCGCCCGCCAUGCCCUUGGAUACUGCCGCACCGCCCGGCUCCACCGCGCACUGACCGUCUCCCAGCCGGACCUCUGCUCCCGGACUCUCCUCCUGUCCCAUCUGCACUGCACUGUGAAACUAAUGGGGAAGAUCCAAGGAUAACAGGCUGCGGGAUUUUGCCACUGCAGAGGACCUGCCGGUAGUCCGCAGCUCCAGAGGUGGAGGGCGGGGGGGGACAGCGCGUCUGUCACAAGCCUCCAUCGUCGCAUCCAUUAUUUUGAUGAUCUAAAACUGCCUUGCAUGGGUGCAUCAUGGCUACGUUUAUAUGCAGGGUGCAAUUCCUAGAUGAUACUGAUCCAUUCAACAGCACCAAUUUCCCCGAGCCCACCAGGCCACCUCUGUAUACUUUCAGGGAAGAUAUUCCUCUGAUCAAUCAGAUUGCUGGAGUCCACAGGCUGCUGAAAGCACCGCAGAAGCCCGAUGACUGUGCACUCCAGCUGUCCCAUAAUGGAAGCUAUUUGGAUUUGGAGUCUACCCUGGCAGAGCAGCGAGAUGAACUGGAGGGAUUUCAGGAGGAUGGAGGGAGGGGAAGGAAACACAGUGUUAUCCUCCGAACUCAGCUGUCAGUCAGAGUUCACGCCUGCAUCGAAAAACUCUACAACUCAACAGGACGGGAGCUUCGGAGAGCCCUCUUUUCCCUGAAGCAGAUUUUUCAGGAUGACAAAGAUUUGGUGCACGAGUUUGUGGUGGCUGAAGGUCUGACUUGUUUGAUAAAAGUGGGAGCUGAAGCCGACCAGAACUACCAGAAUUACAUCCUGAGGGCUCUUGGUCAAAUAAUGCUGUACGUGGAUGGGAUGAACGGCCUCAUAUGUCACAACGAAACAGUGCAGUGGCUGUACACCUUGGUCGGAUCAAAGUUUCGUUUGGUGGUGAAGACGUCCUUAAAGUUGCUGCUGGUCUUUGUGGAGUACACGGAGAGCAACGCUGCCCUGCUCAUAAAGGCUGUGGAAACUGUGGAUACCAAAAGAGGUGCAAAACUUUGGUCAAAUGUCAUGGAGAUCCUGGAUGAGAAGGAUGGUGUGGAUACUGAGCUGCUGGUCUAUGCAAUGACGCUCAUCAAUAAGACUCUGGCAGGCCUUCCAGACCAGGACUCCUACUACGACAUGGUCGACUAUCUGGAGGAGCAGAGCAUCGAAGCCACAGCCCAGAGACACCUAAGCAGGAAAGGCACUGACCUCGAUCUCAUAGAGCAGUUCAACAUCUACGAGAUGACUCUUCGCCACGAGGAUGGGGACGAUGAAACCCAGUUACCCCUAAGUGGCCGAAAGGACCGGCGGCGGGCCAGUGUCGGCGGCACCAACGAGAGGCGUGGCCUGGAGAGAAGGCGAAGCCGCAGACAUUCGCUUCAGAGUGGCAAAGGCCACGCCUCUGCCCCGGCAUCGCCCAGCAGUCCGCACACUCCCGCCAGCAGCUUCCUGCCCUUCGGCGGCCAACGGGUUGAAGAUAUCAGUGAAAGAGAAGAGGAGGAGGAGGAAGAAGACGAGGAGGAUGAGGAUGAUGAUGAGGAUGAGGAUGAGGAGGACGAGGCAGAUGAUGAAAGUCAUCCAGUGACUGAGGCAUCUAGACAGGUUGCUCACAGUGUGGCUCCGGCUGUAGCAGAUACUCCUAACUUGUGUUUGAACUUAAAGUGUAUGGUCAACAUCCUACCUAAAGCCAGAGAGCCUGAAGGGCAGGGAGAGUAUCUCAGCGUCAAGACCAGGACAUCUCCUCCUGUGUCCAUCGCACCUAAAAAGAGGACCUUUAGUCCUUGUCUGACAGAUGCUCCAUGCUCAUCUCCUACUGAAUCUUAUUCAGCUAGAAAGCUCUGCUGGACUGAAAGAAUUAAUGCAAAUGGCACUCCAUACCCCGGCAGACAUCAGACUCCUACAUCACCCAGCCAUCGCCUCGCAGCCUCAGCACCCUCCACGCCCUCCACGCCCUCGACGCCCUCCUCACCCUCCACAACGGACUCCAGGCCUGAAAGACCUGGUUUAGGGGGGUUGCUGACGUCAUCAUACCGGCAGCAUCAGGAGUCUCUGGCUGCAGAAAGAGAAAGGAGACGACUUGAAAGAGAGGAGCGCCUGCAGAGAAUUGAAAAAGAAGAGAGGAACCGCUUAAAUCGAGAUUAUGUAGACAAGAGGGAAGAAGCAAGACAAGCCAGAGAGGAAAGGUAUAAAGCAGUGGAGCGGCUGGCUGCCGAGGAAUUUGAGCGGGAGCGUCCCAGAGUGCCAACAAGGGGGCGAACAGAGAUCACUUUGUGUUUGAGUCCAUCCCCGGCCAGUCGCUCAGCAUCCCGCUGUACCACGCCUUCAUCCGUUGUUUCACAAGAGAACACCGUCGCUGGGGCUCAGCAGACUUUGGGAACAGAGCACAACUCAGAUUUAAACGUUGUUCCAGAGACCAGAACCACCGUUUCAGCACCAGCGUUAACAGCAUCAGAACCUUCCCCAGCAACUCCCUCCGACCCGGACCAACAGCAGACCGAGACGGAGACGACUGCAGAAACAGAGCAUGUUACCGAGACUCAGCCCGAGCAGGAUGAAGCAGCAGAGUUGGUGUCAGAGCAGCGGCCGGGCGCGGAGACGGGACAGAUGCAGGAACAGGAGAAGUUUCAGGAGCAGAGCAUAGAUGAGGAAGUGGUGGAGGAAGAAGAAGAAGAAGAAGACGCAGUGCUAGUGGGACAGCCAGAUGUAGACGUGAAAACAGAUGUGGAGUUAGAGUCUGAGAAGGAGCAGCUGAGGGAUGUAGAGGACCGUGUGCUGUUGAGUGAGAAGGAGAGACAGAAUGAGGAAGUGAAUGAAAAGGACAACUGCUCUGCAUCCAGCAUCUCCUCUACGAGUAGCACGUUGGAGAGGGAGGAGCGGGAGGGGAAACCCACUCUCGACACCGAAGCAGGCCAGUGGACUCAGUGUAUUAAAGAGGCAGAUGUGAAUGACCAGUGCAAGAAAAUCCUCAAUAAGAAGCGCUUCAUGCUGGACAUGCUAUAUGCCCAAAAGACAACCCCUGUGGAUGAUGGGGAUUUAGGAGAAUCGGAGAAGGAAAAAUGUGACAAGGAGGAAGAGAUGAGCGACUCUGUGGCCAGCUUGGCCAGCAGGAUCUCCACACUGGAGGCAAACAGACAGGCGAGAGAAGAAAAUGUGAAAAAAAUGGAAGUGGGGCAUCUGGACAACCAGGGCAGCGUCCGAGCGGUGGCAGAGAAGUUUGGAGACUUAGUCAAAGGUCUCACAUCUUCACCGGAGGUGGAGGCCUCAAAAGAACAGCAACAAAGUGACAAGUCAUCAACUGCUGCCUCAUCCGCACAACCGCCUAAGAAAGAGUCGGAUCAUAUCUGGGAUCAGCUCAUGGCCGCUCCCAGGGACCUGCGGAUCAAAGAAAUGGACUUCACAGACCUGAAGGAGGAGGAUGACAUUGACAUUUUAGAUAUGGACAGUAUGAUGAGGUCGCGAGACCUGAUGCCCCCAUUUCCCCCAUCACCAUGUAAUGCUCCGCUCCCCCCACCCCCACCCCUGUUUGGAGUUCCCCCACCUCCUCCCUUACUCGGCAAAAUGAUGCCCCCACCUCCGCCGUUCUUGGCUCCCAUCCCGCCGCCUUCCCCUCGAGGGGAGAUGCCGCUCUUCCAGAAGAAGAAGAAGACCAUCCGUCUCUUCUGGAACGAGGUGCGUCCUGUGGAGUGGCAGUGUAAGAGUCAUAAAUUUUGUAAGGAGUCCCUGUGGUGCCGACUGGAGCCGAUUAAGGUUGACACAUCCAAGCUGGAGCAACUGUUUGAGUCCAAAUCCAAGGAACUGCCCGUCGCAAAGAAAGCAGCAGUUGAUGGCAAACGACAAGAAAUCAUCGUCCUGGACUCAAAGCGCAGCAACGCCAUAAACAUUGGAUUAACUGUCUUACCUCCUCCCCGCACAAUCAAGACCGCCAUUCUCAACUUUGAUGAGUACGCACUAAACAAGGAGGGCAUCGAGAAAAUCCUCACCAUGAUCCCCACAGAGGAGGAGAAACAGAAGAUCCAGGAGGCUCAGCUGGUCAACCCUGACAUUCCUCUGGGCAGCGCCGAGCAGUUUCUGCUCACACUCUCCUCCAUCACCGAGCUGUCUGCUCGCCUGCAGCUGUGGGCGUUCAAGAUGGACUACGAGCUUAUUGAGAAGGAAGUAGCAGAACCUCUGCAGGACCUGAAGGAAGGAAUGGACCAAUUAGAGAAAAACAAGACACUCAGAUACAUCCUGACCACACUUCUGGCCAUUGGUAACUUCCUCAACGGCUCAAAUGCUAAAGGCUUUGAGCUGAGCUACUUGGAGAAAGUCCCGGAGGUGAAGGACACGGUUCACAAGCAGUCUCUGCUGCACCACGCCUGCUCCAUUGUGGUGGAGAAGUUUCCAGACAGCACCGAUCUGUACUCCGAGAUUGGAGCCAUCACCCGCUUGACCAAGGUGGACUUUGAUCAGCUUCAAGACAAUCUGGCCCAAAUGGAGCGAAGGUGCAAAGCAUCAUGGGAUCAUCUUAAAGUCAUUGCAAAACAUGAGAUGAAAACAGCACUGAAACAAAAAAUGUCCGAUUUCCUCAAAGACUGCGCCGAGAGAAUUAUAAUUCUCAAGAUUGUCCAUCGAAGAAUUAUCAACAGGUUUCAUGCUUUUCUGUUGUUCCUGGGCCAUCCGAUAUACGGUGUACGUGACGUCAGCAUACAUCACUUUAGCAAGAUCCUGAGUGAAUUUGCCCUCGAGUAUCGCACAACGAGAGAGCGCGUGCUACAACAAAAACAGAAGAGGGCCAACCACAGAGAGAGGAACAAGACCAGGGGGAAAAUGAUAACAGAUAGUGAGGAUGACGAUGAUAGCGAGACUGGUAAAUUUGGCAGCGCCCCAUCGGACACGCAGGACGGCCAGCCUCAAGGUAUCCAGUACGCGGAAGCUGCAGCAGAACAUGAGAACAUGAAGGCCGUCCUGAAAAGCAGCCCACAGGCUGGAGAGAGCGGGCCGUCUGCAGUGCCGGGCCUUCGUACUCGCACCAGAGCCAGCAGUACCAGAGGGCGCGUUGCUCCGUGGUGCUCUGGCAGCGACGACCCCGUUAACUGCACGGACGACACGGCUGACGAGAUCAUGGAGAGGAUCGUCAGGUCUGCCACUCAGGGGCCCAGCCAGCGGGCACAGCCUCGGGAGAGGAGACGAUCCCGAGUCAAUCGCAAAUCACUGAGGAGGACGUUGAAGAACGGUUUGACAACAGAGGAGGCGAACGCUCUUGGCUUGUCCAGCAGUUCAGAGAUGCAGGUGUGAAGUGGAUCUGUAGGCCGCAUCACUGCAACCCCCCACACCCCUCCACUUAUCCGAUCCAGCUCACUCUGGCUUGGCACGACCCCCCCCCCCCCCCACCCAGCACCUACUGCUUUGAUGAGUUGACCUCAUCUUCAAUGUUUUUGGUUCAUAAACUGUAAGCUUGAGACAAAUGCUUCCCGAAGCAAGAGGAUGAAAGACUGAACAAGAUGUUAAUCGUCAAACGUUGGACGAUCAUAAAGACGAGUCCAUUCAGACCACUGUGCUUGGCUUUUUUUCCCAGAUGAACACAAAUGAUCUUAAUUUGCAAGGCUUUAAAACGAUUGCCCUUCAAACAUGGUUUUUGGGUACGAGCACCCACAAGUUUGUUUUUUUGUUCGUUGGUGUUUGGCUGAGUUGCCAGUGCACGUGCUUCAAUCUCCGUGGCCUUGACUGGAUCCAGAGAGGUAACCGUGUGGCGCAGACACUGGACCCUCAAAUGACUGUUUGCAGGGGUUCAGCACCAGCCCUGCAGCUUCAGGGGCAAACUGAGCUGAAAGACAUUUUAUCUAUUAAAUAGAUGGCUUUGUGCAGAGGGUUGUUCUGUUAUAUACUACUGUGGUAGUUUUGUGUUUCAUUUAGCUCAAGAAAGGUGCUCAAAAAAAAAAAAAAGGAACAAUUGCACUGGAUGUAAACGUUGGGUAUCAAUAGAAUGUGAGAUCCUUGACACUGAUGAACCACUCUGACAUCUGAAUCUGAACAUAUACUCAACAGUUAACCAGCAACUCAACAGUAGCACACUUUUUAAUAAUCAGAGUUGUUAAUUCAAGGCGGACAUGCAGAACUUCACUGUUAAGAAGUCAUUUUAAAUUGCUGAUUUUUUUUUUUUUCUUCUCAAAAGCUUUGAGGAAGACAUUGUUACUGUGGAUUUGACGGAUGCCACUUGUUGUAGACAUCACUUUAAUAGUUUUAGCAUGGACAAAUUCAGACAACCGAUCUCUUUUUUUUCUCCCAAUUAUAGACUGAAAAGCCAGAAACAGGCGCAGCGGUACAGGCGAGCAAUCUUUACAGAGUUUUAUUUUUUAGAAACUAUGAGCUGCACAUUUCAGAGUGCCUUGCAGACAGUUAUUUAUUGAUGUUUUCAGGGACAUGUAAUCAGAAACUGUUACUGAAAGUGUACGCUCUGCGAGAGGAUGAGAGGGUUAUAUUUCAGUGUAGUAGAUCAUUCAUGAGCUGUGAUUUAUUGUCUGUUUUUCCAAUUAGUCUCAGCAAAGUUUUCUCUUUUUUUUUUCCAUGUUACGUCAAGGAUGAAUGGAAAUAACCUUUUAAUUAUUUAUGACAACUUCGGGGUUGGCUGUGCACAUUAGCUGCAUCCUUUAGCCUUACUGUAAAAUAAGUGUAUGCAAUACUACACUUAAAGUUGUUUGAUUUAAAAAAAAAAAAAAAAUUGGCCAAAUUAAUUUGCUGUGCAGCUUGUAUCACUGGAGUCUCAUUUUGUCACUUGCAGGACAUGUAGGGUGUUUUUUCAUUUCAUGCCUAUGAAAGCAAACUUCAGGAAUCAUGAUUAGUACUAGAAUAAAUGCACAUUAAAUCUACAUCUGCAUUCAUAGAUCAGUUUUUUUUUAGAAAAUACUGUGCACAUUGUGCUAUUGAUCGGUUUAAAAUUGCCUUCACUUAAUAUCUGAUAUGCAUAUAUUCAGUUUGAAUGUGGUUUGCAGUUUAUACAGGAACUCCAUCUAUUUGCAAAGCGUCACUGUGAUUGAUACGUAGCUGUUGAGACAAGUAAAUUAACACAACAUGAAAUAGGUUAUGUUAAAAAUCACACCAGCACUCCAUUCCUUCAGAAUUUACUGGAACGAUUCAGCACCUUAAUCUUCACGUGUAGCAUCCCACUUAGCAGAAGUGAAGGUACCCCAUCUUUACUGAUUUCUGAACGUUUGAAGCAAUGCGGGAAUGCUGUACAAUGAUGAACAUAACAAUUGUCUUUGUUUUCCUUUUUUCUUUUGUGCUCCAUGCGAUGAGAAGUGUAUUAUAGACAAAAAGCAGUAUUAUUUUAGAUAUAAUUUAAGAAAACUAAGCCAUGCAUGGUUUAAAAGUGUCACUUCUGCUUGACGUAAAGGGAGGUUCACUUUGAUUCUCAGUUGUGUAACGUUUACAUGCACUUUGUUCAAUCUUUUUACUUCAUACUGUAAAGGAAACAAAUGCAGUGGAACAUGGAGUGAUAAAAUUUACCAGGUACUUCCCUUAGAAGCCUUUGGUUUUGUUGCACUCAACAUUUUCUUUUAAUUUAACUUUAGCCGAUUACAUGUUGCUGCCUGUGCCAUAUCAUCACCUGGACACGUGCUAUACGACUAAGGCUUCUACUGCAUCUAUGCCCACAGCAAAAUUAUGUAACAGCUACAAUAAAAGACUUA